AUGGAAUCAAAGGAGAUGUGCACGAAAGCUAAUAUCGGAUAUGAUUGCCUUUUGUUCGAUCUUGAUGACACCCUCUAUCCGUUGAGUUCCGGAAUUACCGCCGAGUGCUGCAAAAAUAUUUUAGAAUAUAUGCUUGAAAAAUUAGAGGUUGAAGAAAGUAAUUUACUAGAGUUGUGUACUGUUCUGUAUAAGCACUAUAGAACAAUAAUGGCUGGUUUAAAGGCCAUUGGCUAUAACUUCAAUUAUGAUGAUUUCCAUAGCUCUGCCCAUGGAAGAUUACCAUAUGAAACAUCAAAGCCAGAUCUUGUUAUAAGUCAACUCUUGUUGAGCCUUCCAGUUCGAAAAGUUAUAUUCACUAAUGGUGAUCAAGCUCAUGCUGCUAAAGUGCUUAAGAAGCUGUAUCUGGAAGAUUGUUUUGAUACUAUUAUUUGCUUUGAGACACUAAACCCACCAUCCUCUUCAUCUAGAGAAGAUAAUUCAGCCAACAUCUUCGACAUAAUUGGCUACUUAUUGAAACCUGAUCCAAAUGUUGAUCUAUCAAAGACAUCAAUAUUAUGUAAACCAUCCAUUGAAGCCAUUGAGCAUGCUCUCAGGAUUGCAAACAUUGAUCCCCAGAGAACUGUUGUUGAUCUCCUGGUGCCUUAUCAAAGGGGUGGAAAGAUUGGACUUUUUGAUGGAGCUGGUGUGGGGAAGAUUGGAUUUAUUAUGGAACUGAUAAUCAAUAAUAUUGGAAAAGUUGACAUCGUCAUGGACUCAGUGAUGGCCGGCGUAUUGAACAGAAAGGCAGCGGCACUGGAGGCCGCUGCGGCAAAGGAAAUGGAGGCGCUGGUUUUCUGCGCCGGCUUCUGA